GGUGAACAGCAUAACACUAUCUUUCAACCCCAUUUUCUAUGUUAUAUCCUCAUGACUAAAACAAACACAUAAACAUGAACUUAGGUCGAAUAGAUGAACAAUUUCCUCUUUAAAAGACUUGCAAAAACUAUAGGUAGUAUAUUCAUGGUCCCUGGCAUGUUAUGCUUCAUGACAUUAGAAAUAGUAACUGAACAACAACAAAAGACUGCAGCUUCAUACCACAUGGACGACGACGGCUAAAGAUGAUGAAAUAUUUAGUAGUUUAGUAGAGUAAAUGUGAAUAGCAGGUCCUUUCGAGAGGAGAUACUAAUAGCUAAACAGAGACUGUACAGCGCGGCCUUAUGAAUGGUAACAGUUCAAGAUGGUACAGAAAUCGAUCGGAGGAAUAGGAUCGGGGCUUAUCUACCAAAUAAUUGUAGAUCAAUCAUUACGUUAAAUGAUGCUUACUGUUUAGUUUUCCAUAGAGAAACGCAGCAAAUUUAUGUUUUGUAUUUAACGUAAAUAUAAAUAGUGGGAUACCUGUUGCGAUACCUAUAGAAAAUGAAAAAAACUAGGCUAGGUUCAGAUUGCUCUUGAAUAGAUCGUAGAAAUGAUAUAAACCUUAAUUAUUAGACAGUUGUAGAGUUGUAUGUUUGAUGGUUUUGCUUAGCUCUCAAAUUCGGACCUUAAUAACAGUUUGCAAAUGGAUAGCGAAUCCAACUAAAUUGAUUAGAUUCUAAAUGUUUGGUUGUAAGCAUAUGCAAAAUAGCAACUGUUGACUGAUUGGUGGAGUUAUUAGUUUAUUCCUGUGCGGACAAGGCGAAGCUCAACAGUUAAAUAGAAUCAUACGACAGGAAACACGAACGCAGGAACGCUUCUUUCUACUGUUGACAAUAUAGAGAAUAACGAGCUAAGUCUUAUAUAAUAAGCGGGGGUGAUAUACAGCAAUUUAUUGAACAUUAUAAGAUGCUAAGGAGUCUGAUCGAUCGAUUGGAGAAUAUAUAAACUUUUCUUAAAACCGUCGUGUUAAUCGAGUCUUAUUUACAGCUGUAUCUUCAUUGAUACACCGAUGGAAGUUGAUACUUUUUGACGAUAUUCUAAAGAGUAGUAGUUAAAUUGUUCCUGUUUAUAAACUAUUAAAGUG